UGUUUUUUUAAGUUUUUUCUACGUCGUUUACCAAAUUCACGCGUGCUAAGCAGAGAUUACAUUUAAAUAACUUCAAAUAUCGAUGUAAAUAUAUAUAAUUAAACAAAUUUAAAAAUGUCUUUAUUUGUGUUGGAUACUGCUGGUGACACAAAUUUGCUAGAGCGUGAAUCACAUGGUACAGCUACAAUUGAAAGCAAAUCACAAUGGCGUACUCUGGAAGAAGGCGUCAGGCAAGGACUGGAAGCGAUCAACCAAGAAGUAGAAGUAGAUGAUAAUGAUGAAGAGGAAGAUUACUUUGGUUUGCCGCCACCGAAUGUUGACAUCUCAGAAAUCAUUAAAGAAGAACUAGCUAAAAUACAAACACCCAAAAGUGAUAUUGAAGAAAAAUUAGACAAACUUUCUGACAGAAUCGAUACAAUCUUAUUGCAAAUGAAGGAAAAACCUAUAAAAAUACCCAGGAGAGGUCACAAUAAAAUGGAUUUCUCUGAUUACAAUCCAGCGACUGGUAAGUUCGAUGUAGAACAUCAAGUAAAAACCGAUGUAGAAAAGGAAAUGGCGAAAUCACAAUUGGUUGCUGGUUUUGGAAGAUUAAAGGAGUUGCCGUUCGUAACGAAAAAGAAACAACGUGAAAUCAAUAGGGUUGAACGCUCUAAAACGAAAGGGGCCGGAUGGUAUAACCUACCAGCCACUGAACAGACAGAGGAAACCACGAACGAACUUAAGAUAUUGCAAAUGCGCUCCGUACUUGAUCCUAAGCAUUUCUACAAGAAGAAUGAUCUGAAAGUGCUGCCCAAAUAUUUUCAAAUUGGCACUGUACAACAUUCGCCUUUGGAUUACUACAGCGAGCGUGGUACACGUCACAAAAAGCGUUCAUUGGUGGAUGACUUGCUAGAGGAUGAAACUGCGCAAAAUUACACGAAACGGAAGUUCAAAGAAGUGGUUGCACGUCGUGAAAAAUAUGCGCAUCGCAAAGCAAUGCAGAAAAUGAAAAAGCAGAAGAAAAAUAAAUCUUAAAUUGUCGGUAUCUUUUUUUUUUAAUAAAAUCGUGUUUAUAAAUUAAAACAUAAA